GAGAGCUCUAAAGCGGAAAGUGAAAGUAGGCUCCAGAAGGAGAAUGGCCCGCGGGAGCUCAACACCACGGCACGGUUGCUGAUGACGGUUACGGAGUUUCUUACAUCAUCGUUGGCGAAGAAAUUAUCAACUUCCACGUCUCGUCCAAACACUCCUGGAGCUAAACUCAGAGGCAGCAUGACCUCAUGGAGAUGCCUGACCCCGCUGUUUCUCUGCGUGUUCCUGGGCACGAUUCUCCAAUCAGAGGCGGGUUGUUGGGAUUUAUUUAAACCAAACAACUGGAACGAUGAGCGGGGUCAAACCUAUGGCAUCAAAAACACAAACGAUGUCAAGGACGUGAUGGAGUGUUCUGCAGGGCAAAUCUGCCAUGACACAAAAGAGAAGAUGUGUUCUGUGAUAACUUCCUGCUACUUCGAAGAAGAUGCCACAGUGAUAACUGAAGAGUGCCAGAAAGCCAGUGUUUCUCACAACGUCUCUCACUAUGACUUCAUGUGCCUGAUGGCCAAAGACAUCGGUUUCGUUCCGCCACAUGGGUUCUGCCAAUACGAAGCUGUUCUCGAGCUCUAUUCAAAGAUAGCUGCCAAUCCAAGUUCAGCAGAGAGCGUUAAACUAGACGGAUCAGGCAGAGAGAGCGUCACCCUGAAGGGCUUCCUGGUCAUCUCCGUGGCUCUGAACGUCCUCCUGCCUCUCUUCCUGUUCCUCUUCAUGCGCCGCAGGCAGAAGCAGAACCUGUGGGAUUCCCUCCAUGGGAACGCUGAAGGGAACUCCGCGCGAGCCAGAGUCGAGAUCACGGUACAGAUAUAUAUUUUUAUUAUGGUUAAACAAAAUUAUGCUCUG